AUGGGAUAUCAGUACCUAGAGAUGUUACAGCGGCUCACCGGUUUCCGGCCAGAGGAUGAGGGUGUAUUGGUUGGGGUUAAUCGUCUUACGUUGACGCCCGUCCGACUGCAUUUGGAGGCCAUGCAUGAUGACAUUACUCAUGAUACACCAAAUCUUCAUAUUAACCGGUACACGAGGUUGCUGCUGCUGCUUAUGUUUGGAGGCGUAUUGUUCCCGAAUAGUUCGGAAAACCUAGUCAACUUGAGAUUUCUUCAUCAUCUUGAGCGGCUAGAUGAUUUACAUCAGUACAACUGGGGUGAUGCUGUUCUUGGCUACUUGUACAGGCAGAUGUGCCGGGCAUGCAUGGGCACCCAGCGAGAUGUUGAAGGAUUUAUGCCGCUGCUGCAGGUUUGGGCCUGGGAGCGGUUCCUACAGUUUCAGCAACCUCUACCACCCAUAGCUCAGGAUGCACCACCUUUACCGUUUCUCCUUUUGGCUAGGAGGAUGCGCAUGUAA